ACAGUGGGAGCACCGAAAUGGCUUCUCCCUCCCCCUUCGUUCGCUCACUCUCAGCUUCUCCAACGCCACCCUCCCUCUUCGCCUUCAACCUCCCCCGAACCCGGUUCGCCCCCAAGCCCCCCUCCGCACCCCGCUUCACGUGCCAAGCAGGCCAGACCGGGUUCUUCACCCGGCUCGGCCGCCUCAUCAAGGAAAAGACCAAGAGCGACGUCGAGAAACUCUUCUCCGGCUUCUCCAAAACCCGAGACAACCUCGCCGUCAUCGACGAGCUCCUCCUUUACUGGAACCUCGCCGACACCGAUCGAGUCCUCGAUGAGCUCGAAGAGGCUCUUCUGGUGUCUGAUUUUGGGCCUCGAAUCACGAUUAAGAUCGUGGAGAGCUUGCGAGACGAUAUAUUAGCGGGGAAGCUCAAAUCAGGAAGCGAAAUCAAGGAUGCUUUAAAGAAGAGUGUGCUGGAUUUGUUAACUAAGAAAGGGAGUAAAACAGCGCUUCAACUUGGAUUCAGGAAACCAGCUGUAGUGAUUAUUGUUGGUGUCAAUGGUGGUGGCAAGACUACAUCUCUUGGAAAGCUGGCCUAUAAGUUGAAGAAAGAAGGGGCUAAGGUAUUAAUGGCAGCAGGAGACACAUUUAGAGCAGCUGCUAGUGAUCAGUUGGAGAUAUGGGCUGAGAGGACUGGUUGUGAGAUUGUUGUAGCUGAAGGAGAGAAGGCCAAAGCAUCAUCAGUUCUUUCACAGGCCGUAAAGAGAGGGAAAGAACAAGGUUUUGACAUCGUUCUGUGUGAUACAUCUGGACGUCUUCACACUAAUUACAGCCUGAUGGAAGAGUUGAUUGCAUGUAAGAAAGCUGUGGGCAAAGUUGUUUCUGGUGCACCCAAUGAGAUACUGCUAGUUCUGGAUGGGACCACUGGUUUGAACAUGCUUCCACAAGCAAGAGAGUUCAACGAGGUUGUUGGGAUAAGUGGUUUGAUUUUGACAAAGCUUGAUGGUUCUGCCAGAGGUGGCUGUGUGGUCAGUGUGGUUGAUGAGCUUGGCAUCCCUGUAAAGUUUGUGGGUGUAGGUGAAGGUGUCGAAGACCUACAGCCUUUUGAUGCUGAGGUCUUUGUUAAUGCCAUAUUUUCAUGAGACCUGUGAAAGAUGUUUGCCUCCUUUCUUUUCUUUUUCUGCAGGGCUGUCCUCUUUCGAAACCACCAGCAAUUUUUAGCACAAAACCGCAAGGCAAAAUGGUGAAAGCUAGUAGCUGGAACAAAUUGAAACUGCAGAGAACCCAAGGGGAGGAAAAAAAAAAAUCCUAGAUCCCGGCAUCUGAUUGUUUUUGCUUCCAACUUGUGAAAUGGCAUUGGCCUGCAGAGUAGCUGCUUCCAUUCAAUCGAAACAUGAAUUUUAUUCCCACUUGCACUUGCUAGAGAUAGUAGGGGUGAAUUCAAUUAUAAUAUCUUCGCUCGUUGAUCAAAGUGUUUAUCCUUGCCUUUCUGUAAAGAAAUCCACGAUAAGAAUUUUGGUUUAGUUGGUUCUGUUCUGUUACAUUCAAUCUCUAUUGCAACCAGCCCAUAUGGGGAGUUCCUCAGGUA